AUGUCCGGUAUCCGAAGAGGCGUACAGGCAAGGAUCCAACAGCGUAUUCCUGGGGCUGUGUACACCCACUGCAAAGCCCACUGCCUCAACCUGGCUAUUUUCCACGCAUCAAAAGAAAUGUAUGCAAGGAACAUGAUGGCUACCGUACAACAAAUAGCGUUUGCUUUUAACUACUCCGUUAAACGCCUCCUUCGCUUCCAGGAAAACCUUGACAACGAUGAAGUUGCCCGUGUCGAGAUGGAUAAGCGCACUAAACUGCAAUCUCUGUGCGAGACCCGCUGGGCAGCUAGGGCGGAUGCUUUGCACACUUUCCUAUGCUCAUUUAGAGUUGUUGUCAGUUCCUUGGACGAACUCGCUAGCGACUAUGGUGACAGCAAAGCCGCGGGAUACAGUCGCUCUAUUCAGAACUUCGAGUUCAUCACUACCCUAGUGGCUGUCGAACAUGCGUUGUCAGGGCUCGUACACCUGUCGAAACUCCUCCAGAAGAAGACGUGUGAUUUUCUGGAGGCAACAGAAGAAGCACGUGUUGUUGUCGCUAUGUUAGAGUCUGAACGCAACGAUCCAACAGUAUUGGACAACCUGUGCGAAAAGGCUGUGUCACUAGCAAGAGACAUUGGGGUAGAGCCGUCCAUUCCUCGAGGCCCGGGGCGACAGGCAAACAGGCCUAACGCACCAGCGGCAACACCCACAGAAUACUGGAAGGUCAACAGGUUCCUUCCUUUCAUUGACCACCUAGUCGUUGAGUUAACAACCCGCCUGCUUAAACCGCAUGGGAGAUUUACUGCACAAUAUCUUCUGCCGACGAAAGUAGCUUUUCAUUCAUCCUUUUUUGAUGAAAUAAAAUAUGUGAUAUCAAUGAAAAUACUUGGAAGUGCGUAA